GGUGACAGGUGUCUCGCGCGCAUUCUCCGAUUUGUCGCGGUCAGCGGUUUUACCUUAAAAAGUUAACGCUAUAUUCUUCGUACGGUAUUUAAUAAUACAUGAUCAAAUUUAGCAAAUAACACGUUAUCUUACAUAAACAUCGAUAGAAUAAUUAAAUUAUUAACGUGUUGAUUUAUUUAUUGAUGCUAUAAUAGCUUUUGAGGAGGUCGUUUGAGUGUGAGGAAGCUAACAUUAAAGUUAGCUCAAGCAUGACAACCAGACAGAAGAAACUAACUCGAGACAAACAGGUGAUUGCUGAGGCGCUGGAUACUGCGGCUCAGUCACUGGUGUUUGUCAAGCGCAUGGUGGUUAUAGCUGUCUCCUCCAUCACCUAUCUGCGUGGGAUAUUUCCUGAGGACUCCUACAGAUCCAGAUACCUGGAAGAUUUGUGUAUCAAAGUCCUCAAACAGGAUUGUUCUUGCCCUGGAGCCCGCAAACUCAUCAAAUGGCUGAUGGGAUGUUUUGAUGCUUUGGAGAAGAGAUAUCUUCAAAUGGUGGUCAUUGGGGUACACACAAGCCCAGAUGACAGUAAUCAUGUCAUUGAGUCCUAUCAGUUUAAGUUCAGAUACUCAGAGUGUGGACCACAGAUGGACAUCCUGAGUAAUAUGAAUGGGAACCUGAGAGUGACCGUAGAGGACACUAAGAAAGCUUCAACGCUCCUGAUCAGAAAACUGUUCCUCCUCAUGCAGAAUCUAGAAGCUCUGCCCACUGCCGUUUACCUCACUAUGAAACUCUACUACUAUGAUGAUGUCACUCCACCUGAAUACGAGCCACCAGGAUUCAAGGCAGGUGUAAAUGAAAGUCUGUGGUUCGAGGGAAGUGCAGUGCACUUCAGAGUGGGCGAACUACAGUCUCGCUUCCACACCAUGAAGUUGCGUGUGACGGCAGCACAGAGCCGUCUUGGGAAGCUACAGGAGGGGGGCCAGUUGAGCGAGAACGACACGGAGAUGGAGACACCCUCUCUCUCUAAAAUCAGAGCAGCAGAAACGGUGACCAGAAACUGUGACCAGGACCUGCCAUCUGAAGAUGAAUCUCUUGCACAGUUUAAACAGCCCAAAAAAGCUAUAGCAAAGAGGAAAUGUGUGAGAAGCAAACUUCCAAGGAGGAAAAAGAAGAAAUGCUUUUAAAACCCAUAACAAGUUCAUCAGACAAACAUGUUUUUAAAAGGGUUUUUUGGCCAAUAUUUUUUAUUCAAAUAUAGUAAAAUGGCUUUUUACCAGGUAGAAGUUUGAAAAGUUUUUGACUAGGUAAUUAGUUCUGGUGAAUUUAUCCUCAUAUUUUAGGCGAAUUUAUAACUUAUAAUUUAUGAUGAGGUGACUUCCUGUUUGGAGUUGAUAAAGAAGGACAGAAAUAUUUAUUCGCUGAAUGUAGAAAACAAUGUUAAAUGUAUGACACAUCAGCUGUAUGUACAAGAGUAUGUACAUAAAAUAAACAAUACUUCAGACUAUA